AUGAAGCCUGUUUUCGCUUUUACAGUCUGCCUCAGCGGCAUUUUGGGUGCUGAAGCUUGGGUUCUUCCUCCUGGCGGUGCACCCAAGGCUGGCUAUGCUCUUCGACCAGAUGACAAGACUGGCAACAAGAACGCUGCCGACACUAAGAUCAAGUUCUCACCCGCUGGUUCUUCUUCUUCCGGUACAAAGUCAAACGCUGUCGUCGCUGGCUUCAUCAACCCCAAGACCGGUGGUACAUCACGCCGUGGCCUUGACAGGCGCGACGACGACGAUGACGCUAGUUACGAUGAUGGUGUUGAAGGUGACCCCGAAGUUACCAUCUUCACUCGCCCAGCCACAAAGAUCGGCACUCUCAAGAAGGGAGAAACCUCUGGCAGCGAUGAUGAGGAGGAGGAUGACACCAAAUACUUCAAGACUAACAACAAGAAGCAAAACGGCAAGAACAAGGACGAGGACAAGAAGAAGGACGAUAAGACCAAGACCAAGAAAGAAGACAGCACCAAGACAAAGACAAGCGAUGAUGCAAAGAAGACCACCAAGACCAAGAAGGAGGACAGCACCAAGACAAAAGCUAGCGAUGAUGCUAAAAAGACUAGCAAGUCGAAGCACUCCGGGGAUGAUGAUGAUAAGAAGACUACCAAGACUACCAAGGUAAAGACUACCAAGACGAAGAGUAGUGAUGAUGCGACCAAGACACCCAAGGUGAAGGAUGAUAAGAAGAAGGGCUCAAAGGAUGACAAGAAGGUUGACGACAAGAAGAAGUCCAAGAGCACAUAA